CGGGAGACUCAUCCGCGAAUCUGUCGGGGCUGCUGCCUGCCUGCAGCAGGUGGAGGGGGGGGAUGUGCAUCGACAUUGCGAUUUUCCGCCUAUAUAAAGGCAGAUGCACCGGAGAUCUUUGGUAUCACGUAUCGCUCGUCGUUGUCGUUUAAGGGCAAAGGGCCGCCUUGCGGAUCGCUCGCACCAGCGACCACGAGACAGACAGAGAGAGAGACAGAGAAAAAGAGAGAGAGCCAUGGAGAUGAAGACGAUCCUCGUUAUUUGGGUGGUCCUUGUGGCCGGUGCUCUGGCGGCGCCGCAGCUUAACCCGAACGAAAUCACAAUCGUGAAGCAGGAGGAGGUGAAUAACAUCGGAGUAGGUGGUUACCGCUUCAGCUACGAGCAGAGCGACGGCCAGAAGAGAGAGGAGACGGCCGAGCUGAAGAACGAGGGGACCGACAACGAGGCGAUGAGCGUCGUCGGUAGCUUCAGCUUUAUCGCGCCGGACGGCCACACGUACAGGGUCGAUUACACCGCGGACGAGACCGGAUUCCACCCUAGCAUCAAUCUCGUCGCGAAGUAACGAACGCUUGAGGACUGAAGUUACGUUACCUAGGACUCUGCGGUCGUCGGCACACACACAUGCACGUACAUACAUACAUACACGCAACACAUAUAAUAACACACGCGCAUUAGGAUUUACUUUAUACCAGUAUACCGCGAGGCACGCGAUAUUUCAACGGCGCGAACCGUCGUCGCGAAGACGUCGCCGCCGAUCGCCGGAGAACGAUCGAUCCUACGAUCCUACGCGGACCGACUCGUCUCUCUCUCUUUCUCUCGGCGAGCGAACUCUCUUCGAAAUCGUCUCGGAAUUUCGCGAAGUUCGCCGAUUUGCACCUCGCGAUCGUCCCCGCCGCGAAAUCGAGAGCGGCUCCUCCUCCGCCGCCUCCUCCGCCUCGGAAUGCGACGCGGAGCGGUGCAUCGGAGCGCAAACGUAAAUAUGACGAUAUCGCGGUGUCGAAUUUGACAAAACGGCGGGCACGAGCGAAAUUGAUUCGCUGAGUGCAGCUGCCCUUUGUCGACGUUCGCGUAAGGAAGCGUCCGCGAGCAAGUUGCGUCAACGUCUCCGCAUUCGCGUGUUCCGAGAGUGAAACGCGUGCUCGCUCGCGGCUCGCUGACGAUACGUAUCACUCAGUUUCUCGAAACUGCCGGCAAACACAUUGACGAACGAGAGACUUCUCACACACACACGCAAACACACACACAGGACCGUCCGUUUGCGCGCAGCUCUCUCUCUCAUCUCAGCGAGGCGACGGUGCAGCGCUCAUCGCAGCGCCGCGAUUUUAUCCGUGCCUAAAGGCGCGAUCUUUUUAUACACAUAUCUAUAUAUGUAUCUGUAACAGAACGCAGCUCGUGCAAAUAAACCUGUAUACAUACUGAA